CCAAACUUACAUUAACUAACCUACUUUAGCCUAGGCCUACUUCUUAGCAAGAUAACAGGUACGCGAAUGUUAAAGAGUAACUUACUUGAAGAGAGAUUAAUCCAUAGUCUGCACCUCCUAGAAGGAAAGUCAACGAAGCUAAAUGCUGCAUCGUCAUGUUUCGCAAUACGGCGUGGAGAAAGAAUGUCAGCGAUGCAAUAAGUUGGCAUCAGGACCAAGCUCUCAACACAACUAUUUUUUUCCUAAAAGAGUUUGGACCGACAAGAUUUUUAUUGAAAGAGAACGAGGAAGUCAAAAACUUCAAAGUGUGCUUGGGGGAUCCACAUACAUGUUCCUGUCCUGCUUUCCAGAAAGAAAAGGAACUCUGCAAACACAUUUGUUGGAUUUUGAUGCGAAAAUUUAGAUUACCCAGAGAUCACGAAUAUUGUUUUCAAUUGGGUCUGGUGGAGAGGCAGAUAUGGGAAGUGCUGCAGGGCUUUCACAGGGUGAAGACUCCCCGUCCCACAGACCGGCUUCCACCAGAGCCUGUGGACUUGGCUGAGGAGGAUGGCACCCUUAGACAGAAGGACAUCGAAGAAGACGAUGUGUGUCCCAUCUGCCAAGAGGAGCUCCUUAGCAAGCGUCUACCAGUGGCUCACUGCAGAUAUGGAUGUGGAAACAACAUUCACAUCUCCUGCAUGAAAGUAUGGGCUGACCACCAGAACCAGUCAAACACAGUGACCAUGGUGAAGUGCCCCUUGUGUAGAGAAGACUUUGGACCCAUGAAACUGCUUUUGGAGCAGACAAGAAAUGCAAGCAAGCUUCAAACUUCAUCAGAGAGAGAGCCUCUUAAUAAACACCUCGGAGUCCUUUGCAACAACUGCCGAAUCCUGCCCAUUUCUGGCAAGUGCUAUAAGUGUAGCAGAUGUAAGUUCUAUCAUCUCUGUGAGGAUUGCAUGAUGAGGGGCAUCCAUAUGGAUCAUGUGUUUGGCAUUCGCCUGAAAAGGUCCCAGCCAUGGGUGCAGAUGCAGCAGUUUAUAGAGAGGAAAACCACUGAAGAACAGAGUGACUCUCAGCUGCUGGACAAUGGUGUGAUGGUGCUGAAGCGUGAGCAUGUCCCGGAGGCUGCCCUGGCUGCCCUGCCCCUGGUGAGGGUGCGUCAGGGCGGCAAGCUGCUGGAGGCGGGGAUGCAAUGUCGCAUUUGCCUCAGGGGCUUUUGCCUGGGUCAGCAGGUCAGACACCUGCCCUGCCACCAUAAGUUCCACACAGACUGCAUUGACCCGUGGCUCCGGCAGUCUAACUAUUGCCCUUUGGACUGGCACACGAUUUACAACCCACUGUCCGGUGCUUCUGCAGUCAGGAUCGUACCUGCUGUGGAUGUUCCUGCCUCCAGGCGUGGCAAACUCCCUGACGACCAGUCUAUGGGCCUCUUUGUCCCCGGUGUCGGGCUAAAAGACAGGACAAUGGACAUUAUGGUGGUCAAACGCGUUGAAUCGUUCGUCUCUCCCUCAGCUUCCCGAUCUCACCCCGCUGGCUGGCCCUUGCCUAGCGCCCAGGAUCUUGUGGUCAACAGCGUCCGCAUUGAUCAGCCCCGCCGCACCAGCGACACAGAACUCGCCCAGGCCCAGCCCGGUAGGCCCAAACCCCUCCUAAGGUGCCACUCUCACAGCCAUGCACCACUAGCAGGCCAGUCGCUCAACAGAAGUGGCUUUAAAGCAGCUCAACCCAACACACGUCUCCUCCCGAGCUCCGGCAAUGUGCCCCAGCGGCCGGCUGGCGCAGCAGCACCCAAGCCCCAGUCAGGGGAGAGCUACGCUGGGCUGUAUGUCGGGGUGAGCGCACCGGAUAAUGUGGUUAACCCAGCGGGAAGCGUUUUACCCCGUAGGUUCAAACCCCCGAGGAAACAGAGGCCUGGGGGACCCAGCGGGUCAAGCAGUGGGCAGGUACCAAAGCUGGCUCUGUGGAUGACAGGGAUGUACAUAAACAUUCCAAGUCCACAGAAGAACUAGAGGGGGAUGGAAAAUGGAGGGUGUCCAGAUGUGCAUGUUUACUUGCAAAACGUUGAUAUUCCUUUCAGUCCCUGAAAUGUAAGCAAUGUGAAAUGUGAAUAUCACCAUAUAGCUUGUUAAAUAAAACUGCCAGUUAUCAGACAGCACAACACAGAUAUACUGGAUAUGUUCUAUAUACAGCUCCCACUACAUGUAUUGACACCCUUGGUAAAGACAGGUAAAAAGAGGUAAAAUCUUCUUUUGCUGUUUUAUCUUGAAAAAAAUGAGGAAAAUGUGCCAGAAUUAUUGGCAGCCCUGUAUUUAAUUCUUUGUAAAACCUCAAUUCGCCAAUAAAGUCACAUCUAACAUCUACACAUAUAACAUUGGAGGAUUGUUUUUCUUCUCAGUAUAAAUUUGCUUCCCUUCAGUGUUGGUCUUUUCCUCAUUGUUUUCAUAGUGAAACUAAGAUGAAACGGCAAAAGAUGAUUUAAAAAUAUCUCUUUUUACUAAUCUUAAUAAAUGUAGAGGGUGCUGUAUGGUUGUAUAUCAUAUAUAUUUAUGUUUUUAAAAACUUAAUUGUGUGGGUAUGAAAAAAAUAAAUAUAAAAUGUUAGGAGACAGAGGGAAUUGGUUAGUCAUAGUAUAGUAAGAUGUAUGUGGACAUGAAACCUUUAUCUAAUAGCAUCAUCGUUAUUAAUACAUUUACUACUAAUGCGUGUAAUAGUGUACAGGUCAGUUAACACAUCAAGUUAAUAAAGUUAUAAUAUAAUGAUGAUAUAAGAACCAAACAGAAUUGAAUGAGCUGUUUUGGUUGUGAUUUUAUUGAUGUUAAAUGGAACAGUGCACAAAAGGCAGAAGUGAAGCAUACAAGUAAUGUACGAUCAUCGUUGCACAACUAUGACUGAAAGGCGUCAUGUGAUUUAC